AUGCAGUGUGGCUGUCUGUCCCAAGGGCUGCCUGUCCUGUCUGACUCCUCCUGGGUAUCAGGGCUGGCCUUCCCCGACUGGGCGUACAAAGCGGAGUCCAGCCCCGGCUCCCGGCAAAUCCAGUUAUGGCAUUUCAUCCUGGAGCUGCUGCAGCAGGAAGAGUUUCGCCAUGUCAUCGCCUGGCAGCAGGGCGAGUAUGGGGAGUUUGUCAUCAAGGACCCCGAGGAGGUGGCCCGGUUGUGGGGUCAGAGGAAAUGCAAACCCCAGAUGAACUAUGACAAGCUGAGCCGGGCGCUCAGGUACUACUACAACAAGCACAUCCUGCACAAGACCAAGGGCAAACGCUUCACCUACAAGUUCAACUUCAGCAAACUCAUCUUCCUCAACUGCCCGCUGUGGGACGCCCACUGCCCAUCCCUGCUGCCAGGCGCCGGCAGCCUGUGCCGCCCCCUCGCCAUGCCCCCCAGCAUGCUGAGCCAGUUGGUGCCAAGCAUGCUGCUGAGCCGGCGGGUGCUGGCAGAGCCACUGGUCUGGCACUGGGGACCCCGGCACCCCGACAUGCUGGAGAAGAGGACGACCACCGCUGGGACCUGCCUUGGCUCCGUGUCCCUUCCAUGCCUGGGGGGCUCCUGUUGCCAUCUGGGGGUCCUGGAGGAGCUUUCCCACCUGGCUGAUUUCCCCCCACCGCUGCUGGCCCUGGGCCACCCAGCACCUGCCUGGGCCACCUUCCCUGGCCACCUCCUGGCCCCCACCAGCGACUCCCCGCUGCUGCUGCCCCCAAAGCCAGGAGUCCCCAGUCACGUGGAGCUCCCCACAUCAGUGCUCCUGCACCCCAGCUUCCCCCCCAGAGCUUUCUCCGGGCUCCCACUCAUGGCCAGGGGGCUGGUGCCAGAGCCCCUGUCAUUCUCAGCUGUGCAGAGCAGCCCUGGGGUGAAGCUGGAGCUGAAGGGCAGGGGGACGGGCAAAAGUGCGGUGCUCCCACCCAGCAGCUUCCCACCCCCCCGGCCCUGCGGCUGGUCCCUCCAGCCACCCUAG